AUGGCCCAGUCCCCUCCUCUGCAGACCCUCCUCGGCCAGGAUCGCUGGCUCUCGCCCCAGGGCUGGGGCUGGGCCGGCCACGCCGACUGCACGUCCCCGGCCUCCUCCUCCGACUCGUCGGGCUCGUGCCCUUGCGACGGCGCCCGCAGCCGCCCGCAGCCGGCGCCCCCGGCCCGCGCAGCCCGCGCCUCAGAGGCCGCCCCGACGGCGCCCGCAGGAGCACGGCCCGGAGCCGCCGGCGGCCCGCGGCAGAGCGCCAGCGAGCGCGAGAAGCUGCGCAUGCGCACCCUCGCCCGCGCGCUGCACGAGCUGCGCCGCUUCCUGCCACCAGCAGUGGCGCCCGCCGGCCAGAGCCUCACCAAGAUCGAGACGCUGCGCCUGGCCAUCCGCUACAUCGGCCACCUGUCGUCCGUGCUGGGCCUCAGCGAGGACAGCCUGCGGCGCCGGCGCCCGCGGCCCAGCGCCUCGCCGCGCCCUCGGGGCUGCCCGCUCUGCCCCGACGGCGGCCCCGCGCAGGUGCAGACGCAGACGCAGACGCGCGGCCCGGGCCUGGGCUCCGCAGCCGGCGCCGCGGUGUCCUGGGGGUCUCCGCCCGCCGACCCCGGGGCUCCGGGUGCUGCGUCGGAGCCCUGCGACCCGCUCGAGCUCCACGACGAGGCGGCGGGCCCGCAGGCGCUGGCGAUGGAGCCGGGCCCCUCGUCUCUGCUCUUUCCCGAUGAAGUGCUGGCCCUGCUGGAGACCUGGAUGCCCCUGGAGUGGCCGCCCGCCUGAGUCGUUGAAGCGACGACGCACCGCUGGCGCCCCGUCUGUGAGCGCCGAGGCUUUCUUGGCCUCAGCUUCGAAGUGGUCCCUCCCCAGACUCUCUGUCCGGGAGAGGGUCCCAGCGAUCCUGCCAUGGCCCUUCCUGCGAGUGACAGCCUGUGCGCGCCCCGGCCGGCCCUCUCAGCCCCUGUCGCGGUGGAGGAACCCCUGGGCUACAGGCUCGGAGGCGGACAGGACGCUCUGCCUAGUGUGUCUUUAUUUAUUUGUGAAUAAACUUUGUGCUGGUGACAGUUGA